AUGAAGGAUCUGGUUCAAAUAUGGAGUCGGGUUACGGGGAGGCAGUAUUCCUCUGUGAACACGGGGGAACGGGAGCUGCGGGACUUCACCAAUAAUAGACUGAAGAAUCUAGAUCUAGAUAGUGGGACUUACGAGGCGAACUUUUCUGAGUGCGAAGGGUUAAAUAAAUACGAUGAUUUAGACUUCAACGAACGGAAGGAUGCGAUUAUCAACAGGCUGUUUGAAAAGCGGAGGAAAGGGCAGAUUACGCGGCAACCAAAGAAUGCCACAAGUAAAGUUUUGAUUCCCGGACCUUACCAGGGAGCAAGUGUUACGAAUACAAAGAUAAUAACUAUAGUGCACCAGCGGGGUUUCGAACUUCUGGCCUGGCGAACAAGCCAAGCCAGAAGCGCGAGAGGUGUAUUUAUCAAUAGCUUCGAAAAAGUCGAGGAAGAAGUAUAUGACACAUUAGCAAUUGGUUAG